AUGAAUGAUUUUACUAUUAAAACCCUUUCAAAAAACAUUCUGUGUUCACUUCUAGAAGACCUUAUCCAAAAUGAAAAUCUGGCAGUAUUGUCACAUAAAUGUAUUAUAAUCUCCAAAGAGCAAUUCAUUCAAUUGACAGUAGAGAAUUUCUUUUAUAAAGACAAUGGAGUUUUAUGGGUAAUUAUGAAAUUAGCUGGUGAAACAAAAAAAACACACAAGGAUAGUCAUAGAGCUUCAACUAGCUUGAAAUAUAAUUUAAACUUUGUUACGUCAGAAAUUCAUAAAAAGUUAUGGACAGAUACCAAGCCACAAAUUGAAAAUGAAAGGAUAGUCCCUGUAGUUGGAUCUAAUUUAAUACCAGAAAAUAUGGCUUAUACAAAUGAAGAUGAAUAUUUAAACAUCCUGUCUACCUUUGGACUUGACAACAAACCAAACAUUGAUAUUUCAUUUCACCCUAUAACCUGCUUUGAAUAUUCUCCAAAAAUAGCAGCAGCUGCUGAAGUAAACCUGGUAGUAAAUGAAUAUGACUUGGAAAAUGAUUUUUUAAAAGAGGUAUUGAGUAAUCAUUUUGAAAUACCAAAAGUUGUGUCUCCCAAUGAUAUUAUCAGCAUUGAUCUUACACCAAAAAUAUUAUCAAUAUAUAAUUAUAAAUAUUUAGACUUGGUGGAAUCUACUGGAAAAAUAUAUUUCAAGUGUAAAAAGUUGCAAGCAGAAGGAGAAACUAAAAGCAAAUGUAAUAAUAUAAUACCUUCUUUUUAUAUUAUAAAAGGAGUAACUCAAUUAACUCUUGGUGAAAAUAAUCAUGCUGUAAAACCAAAGAAUCAAUAUUUAGAAACAAAUAGUUUAAAUCAUAGGCACAGCAUCCACCUAUGUCCAGAUGGGCUUCGAGAAAAAUUUGAUCUUAUGCAAGAAACUCUAAAUUUAUUUUUAAAUGGAGAUAUAGAAGAAUUAUCAGCAUCUCUAAUAUCUCCAAUAAUACCAAUGCUACUUUUAACUGGGGCUAUUGGAUCAGGAAGGCAUCUGCUAGUGAAAACUUUAGCAAAAUAUAAUGGUCUGAAUUGCUUACAUGUUGACUGCAACACUAUACAAAACUCAACUGCAAAACAGACGGAAAGUAAAAUUAAUGCCAUGAUACAAAAAGCUAAAGCUGCUGCUCCUGUCAUUGUCUUGAUGGAUAAUUUUGAUGUUUUCGCUGUAGAUGCUGAAAAUAAUGAAGACUAUAGAGUAAUGGAAUAUUUCACGAACACAAUAACAGAUCUGUAUGAAAAUUAUACAAAGCAUCGUAUUAUAUUUAUAGCAAUAACAGAAAAGAGUGAUUUAAAACCCAAUAUGAUGAGGAUUUUCUUAGAAAAAAUACACAUACCAAAACUUAAUCUACAACAAAGAUAUAAAAUGUUACAAUGGUAUGCCUGUGCCAUGGACUUAAACAUGAUGGAUGGCCUUCUUGAAAAAAAUAAACCAAAUAAAAAAACAUUGAUAAUGUCAGAAAAACAACAUUUAAAUAGUUAUGUGAAAGAUGUUCUAUAUAGAGUGGCAUCUAAAACUGAAACAUUUGUGUAUGGUGACUUAGAUACUCUAGUACACUUUGCUAUGAGAGAAUCAUAUUUAAAGCAGAUAGCAUGCUCUUCAUAUUUAUCUCAGGAUCCUAAUUUGAGUUAUAUCCAAGAAGAAGAUUUCAACAAAGCUUUAGACUCCAUAAGGAAUCUGCAAAGUCAACAUUUAGAUACACCAAAGAUUCCAAAAGUUUAUUGGGAAGAUAUAGGUGGUUUAGAAAAAUUAAAAAAAGAACUGUUAAAAACCAUAGAGUUCCCUAUUAAAUUUCCUCACCUAUUUAAAAAAUCUUCAUUGAAAAGAUCCGGUAUCUUGUUAUAUGGACCGCCAGGAUGUGGAAAGACCCUUGUAGCAAAAGCAGUGAGCACGGAGUUAAAUGUGAGUUUCAUGAGUGUUAAAGGCCCGGAGCUAUUAAACAUGUAUAUUGGACAAUCUGAAGAAAAUGUAAGAAGGGUAUUCGAAUCGGCGCGAGCGUCGUCCCCCUGUAUAGUGUUCCUGGACGAGCUGGAUGCACUGGCACCUAGAAGGGGUGCUGCGGGGGACUCGGGUGGGGCCAGUGACAGGGUGGUCAGCCAGCUGCUGGCUGAGGUGGACGGGGUUGCCAGUGGAGAGGAUGCUGACUCGUCAAGUUUCGUAUUUAUAAUGGGUGCUACAAACAGACCAGAUUUGUUGGAGCAGUCACUGCUGCGUCCGGGACGCCUCGAUAAACUCAUAUACGUCGGUCCUUACACUGGUCUUAGAGAAAAAGCUUCAGUUCUUCAAGCAUUAUGCAGAAGUUAUAAACUUCGUCCGGAAGUGAAUUUGGAUGACGUGGCGGCCGCACUGCCCGAGCGCUGCACGGGCGCCGACCUGCUGCACGUGGUGAGCACGGCGCGCGCCGCCGCCGUCAGGGGCCUCGUUGACAAACUGCAGAACGGUCUCCUUAAGGAAAGUGACUUAACAAGCGACGCAGUUAUAAUAGGGGUGUCAGAACUAUGGCAAGGUGUAGAGUCAUUCCGGCCGUCAGUCACCGAUGAAGAAUUAGCUUACUAUGAAUCUUUGCAAUCACAAAUG